AUGGACCUCAAGGCCACAGCCCUUAUGAAGCUCACCUACCUCGAGAUGUUUGGCCAUGACAUGUCCUGGGCCAGCUUCAACGUCUUGGAAGUCAUGUCGAGUUCAAAGUUUAAGCAAAAGCGCACAGGAUAUCUGGCUGCCGUACAGAGCUUCCGCAGGGACACCGAGGUCCUGGUGCUUGCCGAGAACCAGCUCAAAAAGGAUAUUAUGAGUCCGAGCCCCCAGUAUAUUGCGCUUCCGCUUGGCGCCAUCCCGCACGUCAUCAAUCCCAGCAUGGCCAAUUCAGUCCUGUCAGACUUGAUACCGCGACUCACACACUCUAACGCAAUGGUCCGCAAGAAGACUGUCGUUACGCUGUACAGACUAGCCCUGGUAUAUCCCGAGACACUGCGACCUGCAUGGCCCAAGAUCAAGGAACGUUUGUUGGACGAUAAUGAGGAUCCGAGCGUGACGGCUGCCAUUGUAAAUGUCGUGUGUGAGUUGGGAUGGAGGCGACCCCAAGACUUUCUGCCGUUGGCGCCUAGGUUGUUUGAUCUCUUGGUUGAAGGAGGAAAUAACUGGAUGGCCAUCAAGCUUAUCAAACUUUUUGCUACUUUGACUCCGUUGGAACCCCGAUUGAUCAAGAAACUUCUCCCGCCUCUAACUAAAAUUAUUCGGGAAACAUCUGCCAUGUCUUUGCUGUACGAAUGUAUCAGUGGCAUCAUCCAGGGUGGCAUUCUAGAAGCUGUCGAAGGCACCUCGGAAGGAGAAGAGGUUGCAAAGUUGUGCGUUGGCAAACUGCGCGGCAUGAUGAUAAUAGAGGGUGAUGCAAAUUUAAAAUACGUCGCAUUGCUUGCUUUCGAAAAGAUUGUCACGUCCCAUCCCUAUCUUGUCUCCCAGCAACAAGACGUCAUUCUUGAAUGCAUUGACGAUCCCGACAUUUCAAUACGGAUGCGCGCUCUGGAUCUUGUCGUUGGCAUGGUCAAUGCCGAUAAUUUAACAGCCAUUGUAGGACGAUUGAUGCGACAAUUACGUAAUGCGCCAGUUGCAACUGCAGUAAACGAUCCAAACAACGACCGAGGCAGAUUGACUGGUGUCACACCUUAUGGCGACGACGAUUCAGACGCCGAAGAUAAUCUACCACAACACGAACAGAAAUCAGACCAACCGCCACCCUUGCCAGAUGACUAUCGCACAAGCGUAAUUCGAAGGAUUCUAGAAAUGUGCUCGCGUGAUACGUACAGCAACAUUAGCGACUUUGAAUGGUACAUUGAUGUUCUCACUCAGCUUGUCCGCGUAUCACCAGCUACAAAGGCAACUUCAGUGAUAGAAGAGGAGGAGGAAGAGUCAGAACAUGCUGAUGAGACUGGUGCUGGCAUUGGGUGUGAGCUACAAAAUAUUGCUAUACGGGUGAAAAGCGUUCGGCCAGAAGCUGUCGAAGCUGCACAGUCACUUGUUCUUAUCGAUCGUCGGGACCAGAUGUUUCCCGCUUCAGGUAAUGGCGGCCAAGGCGUGCUCGAGUACGCUGGCUGGCUUGUAGGCGAGUACGCCCGCUACCUCACUAGACCGGAACCUGUCAUGACCUCCCUCUUGCAUCCUGCUUCGCUCCAGCUGCCUUCAAAAACCCUCGCCAUCUACCUGCAGGCGAUACCUAAAGUCUUCUCCAGCAUGGCCGGAAACGAUCAAAUAGCGUGGACUCCGGAACGCAAGACAUUAAUGUCUCUUCUCAUGGCACGAAUCAUCCACUUUCUAGAGCCACUGUCGACGCACCCUAGCCUGGAGGUGCAAGAACGUUCGGUCGAGUACCUGGAACUAAUGCGCCUUGCCGCAGAAGCCGCAUCGGGCACUGCUGCUAGUGCAAAUCAGAACGAGUUUACUGACCCACCUCUCCUGCUCACACAAGCCAUCCCUGCCCUCUUCUCUGGAGCUGAGUUGAAUCCAGUGGCCCCUGGCGCGCAACGCAAGGUUCCCAUUCCUGAGGAUUUAGAUCUCGAUACGCCCAUCAACUCCAAUCUGCAGCAUCUGCUUUCUGCAGUCGACGCGGAGGGCUUCGAGACAGAAGAAGAUGAUGUUUAUGCCGCAUACUCUGAACCAGCUGCCGCCCUGACAGAAGCACCAACCGUUAUAGCGCCAGCAGCAGACCGCCUUGAUGGCUCCCAAAAGGAGCCAACAUCUUAUCAAAAUGCUACGGAAGACGAAUAUCUGGAUCCCGAUAUCAUUGCUCGUCGGAAAGCAGAACGCAGAGAGCGAUACAAAGACGACCCUUUUUAUAUUGACCCUGAGGGGGAUACCAGCGGACCAGUGACACCUCUGAGUAGAAUCGUACGGGACGGAAACAGGGAGAACAACGACCUGGAUAUCGACUCCAUCCCGAUCAUGGAGCUCAACCUUGACAGCAAGGGCUCUUCCUCUGAACACCUUCCGCGGUCACGGAGUCCUCGUAAACCGAUACGCAAAGUGGAUAUUAUGGGCGACGAGACGCUCGGAUCUGCUGCACCAGAACCCUCCAUUAGCAGAGAAGACAGUACACAGGGGCGCCCGGGCAAAACGAAGAAGUCACUCCUCCAAGUCGACAGUUCGGGUCUCGGUGCGCUAAGUCUGGACGAUAACGACGCCCCUUCGAACCGCAAGCUUACGGCGCUCGAGAUGGAGCGCAAGGCACAGGAAGAUGCUGAAAUGAAGCGAGCGCUACAAGAGGUGGAGCGCUUGCGACUGGAGAUGCAGCGCGCUAGUGAGAGACUAUUAGUCAAGGAGGAAGUUGCAGUCAAAAAGAAGAAGAAGAGAAAGGUGAGAAAGGUUGCUGUUGAGGGAGACGAGCCGGAUGAAAUGGCACUAGAGGCUACUAUAGGUGUUGAUGGCGGUGAAGCAGGAGAUGGAGAAGAGGCAAAGACGACGCCUGUCAAGAAGAAGAAAAAGAAGAAGGUCCAGACUGUUGAAGGUGACGGUGGUAGCCAGGACAAGGUUGAUCAGGGGCAACCUGAGGCUGGAGACCAAGACGAUACCAAGGUCAAGAAGAAGAAAAAGAAGAGGAGGACGGUAGUCAUAGAUGAUGGCGGAGAUGCGCCUGCCGAGUAG